AAGAAAAGUAGAGCUUGAAGAACAAGAAAAAGAGAAGAAACAAACAGGAAGAUUCAAGAACAAGAAGAUAUGAAGUUAGUUUGGUCUCCAGAGACGGCUUCAAAGGCUUACAUCGAUACUGUAAAAUCUUGUGAACUUUUCAAUGAAUCAAGCGUUGCAGAACUUAUUUCGGCCAUGGCUGCCGGUUGGAACGCCAAACUGAUUGUGGAAACAUGGUCACAGGGUGGAGUUAUGGCGACAAGCAUUGGCCUUGCAAUUGCUAGCCGUCACAGUGGUGGAAGACAUGUAUGCAUAGUUUCAGAUGAGCAAUCAAGAUCGGAGUACGUCGAAGCUAUAGGAAAAUCAGGCAUAUCACCGGAAGUUAUUGUUGGUCAGCCUGAGGAAGCGAUGAGUAGUUUAAUAGGCAUAGACUUCCUUGUGGUGGAUUGCAGGCGAAAUGACUUUGCAAGAAUAUUAAGGGUUGCUAGGUUAGGCCACAGGGGUGCAGUAUUGGUAUGCAAGAAUGCUAACUCAAGAACAGCUUCGGAUUUUCGAUGGCGUAGCGUCCUUGAUGGUAAAUCACGGGUCGUUCGGUCAGUGUUUCUGCCGGUAGGGAAGGGAUUGGACAUUGCUAAUGUAGCAGCUAGUGGGGCGAGCUCAAAGUCUGGCAAGGGCGAAAGUCGGUGGAUCAAGCACAUCGAUCGACGCUCAGGCGAAGAGUAUGUCAUCCGGAAGUGAGUUCUGGAUAGAUAGACCACUCCUAGGAUAAAGGUUUUGAGGAAGGGGGGUUCUAAAGACAUAUGAGCAGGGGAAUAGUAUUAGUACACAGAUUCUUUGUUUCUUUUCUUGUUCUGUUUGUAAAUUAAAGAGAACUCUACGGUCAUUUUCCCUUUCUCUUAUUUCUUCUGGCUAACCUGGGAACAUGUAUCUUGUACAUAUAAUCUCUCGUGG